AUGGUUCCCCAGCCAGCAGUCCCGGAGAUCUUCGAAGAUGAGAUACAAUCCGUCGUUGACGCCCGCACAGAAACGCUCCAGUCGCUGCGUGAACUAGGCCCCCCAGAUCUCGUCCAUCUGGUCAAGCAACCCAAAGGCACCACGAACAAGGUUGGCGUAUACCACCACGUAACCGGAGUCGACGCGUCCUCUUCCGCCAGCUUGGCCGCCUACAUCAACACUCUUACAUACAACCCCAAUGACAAGACGAACAAGGUCGUUUCGGGGCUAUACUGCUGCUACAAUGCCUUCUCGAGGCUGGAUAUGCGCGUCCAAGUAGCCAUUCCUGGCACGGUCGAGAGUUACUGCAUCGACGAGCGCGGCGAGAAGCGUGUUGCUUCGGACGAGUUGUGGCUCGAGACGUAUCUCUGCAGCGUCUUGCGCGCCUACUCGUACGCAGACGAUGGCUCGGGCGAUACUAUCAAGAGGAUCGUCGGCGUUCGGAGAUUCAACCCGAUUACAACCACCGAGUCUGAGCACAAAUUUCUGGACGCUGCGGAGCGCCUGUUUUUCAAUGGCUGGCAACUUGGCUCCGAUCCAGAAAUUCAGGUCCCGAACUUGGUAUCCAACCAUCUGACUACGGGCCUUUUGAACUACAUCCACACCACUGGUCGCUACGCAUCUGGAAUCAACCUCUUCGAAAAACUGCGCACACGGGACCCGGAAAUCGCGUCGCUGCUCUCCCACGUGUACAUCUCGGCAGAUGAAGAAGUCAAGGCAGUAAGACUGCUCCACGAUGCGAUCCAAGAGCUUCCCAUGGACUAUUCUCUGCUGGAUUGUCAGGCUGAAUUCCUGAACCGAAAGGGUCACCCCGAACUGGCGCUUGAAAUUGCCAAGAGAAGCGUCAUUUCUGCCCCCAGCGAAUUUGGCACGUGGGCGAGAUUAGCGGAGAUAUACGUCAGCCUCGAGCAAUGGGACAUGGCACUCUUGACGCUCAAUUCUUGCCCCAUGUUCACCUAUCAAGACAAGGACGCACCACGCAUGCCGGAGCCGCUUCGUGUCUCUCUGCCUGUGAUGUCUGAGAGUGUCUGCGACGAGAUUGAUGACAGCGCAGGUGUCCCUGACGUCGACAUGGUGCAUCCCACGCUGCGCAAGCUGCACGCUGCCGGAUUCAAGGGCACCUUUCUGAAGGCGUACAUGCUUCUCACCAAAAUCACCAAAAAGAUAGGGUGGGACCAGCUGCUGAGGAUACGUAGCCAGGUCUUCGUCAUGGAGGAGGAGUACAGGCAUGAGAAGCAGACGGUAUCACAGCAACCGGCUAGCCGUAAUGCCAGCACGAGCGCUAUUCGGUCGCCGAGUCCGCACCAGAAUGGCCACGGAGAAGUUGAGUUGACCGGCGAGAACGGCGAGUCGUCCAAGCCGGAUGGAGAAGCCAACAGCGAAACCGAUGGAGCGGGCGAUUCUGUGGAGAGGCCCGCAACUACCGUUGCUUCAGAGGAAGUCAAAGCUGGAAGUGAUGAGCCGGAUCCCUCGCACACGGCGUACACGCAAUUCCAGAACAAGCGUCUCUGCGAGCGCUGGCUUGACAACCUGUUCAUGGUUCUCUACGAGGAUCUGCGUGUCUACACGAUCUGGCGGACGGAGAUGGCCCAGUACCGCCAACAACAACUGGUUUACAAGAAAACAGCCGAAGAGUGGGAAAUUCUUGGAGAACUCGCAGAGCGCCUGCACCAUUUUGAUGAGGGCAUCGAGGCGUACCAAGCCUGUCUGAGCAUUCGCUUCUCACCCAAGGCGAUGCGCGGCUGUCUCAAGAUGUAUGAGCAGGUGGCAGACGUGAGGGCUAUGCUCGGAGCACUCAUCCGUCUUGUCUGUUGGCAAUACAGGUGGUACUCUGAGUUUUCUCCCCCGCUACUCUUCACAAUUCGGAGACUCAUCGAGGAAGAGGGCACUCUCAAAGUGCGCAGCAUAAUCCAGGGUACGAGCCUUCCUCAACAUGUUCUAGAACUCACACAUCAAUACACGGCCCUGGUGGCUUCCUUCCGCAACCCUGGAUCGGAGUAA